UGUCAUGAGCGUCAAUUGUCAGCAUUGAACACCAGAUGGCGGUGUUUCUCGGCUUUGAGUUUUCAGAAUCCUUGCGCGUUCUUGGAAAUGUUUAUUCCCACCCCUCAGUGCCUCCCCUGUGUAGGCAGGGUGAGCAGAACAGUGGACAGUACAGACAUGCAUUUUGCAAGCGGCUCACAUUGAAAACUAAUAAAGCAGAUGUCAGCGCAGCCUCGCAGGACCAUGGGAGGUUGCGCAGGUGAGCCGACGUGAAACGCAACGCUCCGCACAUGGAACUGUAUUGUUAGACCUAACCCGCACUGUGACAGUUUGAGGACAAGAGACAUGUCAGGAGACAGAAUGACAGCAGUCCGCGGAGCCCACUCACACAACGCGAGCCCUGCGACUCCAAAGGAGAACGGACACAGCGUCCAGCAUGCGUCCAACUUUCCCCAUACCUCUCCGGGGAGCGCACUCGACGACACCCCGGUGUAUUCCAGCAGCGAGCUCACCCACACAUGGGUCCACUUCGUAAAGACUUUUGUCAUAAUUUUCCCAAUUUACGCCCUGGGGUAUUUUGAAUUCAGUUUCAGCUGGCUGCUGAUUGGACUUUUUAUCUUUUUCUGCUGGAGGAGAAACGCAGGAGGGAAGCUCAGCCGGCUGAGCCGAGCACUUGCUUUCUUUGACCAAGAGGAGCGAUGUGCCAAACAUAGUCUAACCAGCUCUGAUUUACCACCAUGGGUCCAUUUCCCAGAUGUAGAGCGGGUGGAGUGGUUAAACAAGACUGUCAUGCAGAUGUGGCCGUACAUCUGUCAGUUUGUGGAAAAACUGUUCCGCGAGAUGAUCGAGCCGGCGGUGAAGGAGUGCCAUGUCCAUCUCAGCACCUUCUGCUUCAGUAAGAUCGACAUAGGAAACAAACCGCUCAGGAUCAAUGGAGUCAAGGUUUAUACAGAAAAUGUGGAUCGGAGGCAGAUCAUCAUGGACCUGCAGAUCAGCUUUGUUGGGAACACUGAGAUUGAUGUGGACAUCAAACGCUACUACUGCAAAGCUGGGAUCAAGAGCAUUCAGAUCCACGGUGUGAUGAGAGUGGUGAUGGAGCCCUUGCUGGGGGAUGUGCCUCUAGUUGGAGGACUGUCCCUAUUUUUCCUCAAGAAGCCACUUCUAGACAUAAACUGGACUGGCCUCUCAAAUAUCCUGGACAUUCCUGGGCUCAACGGCUUCUCCAACAAUCUGAUUCAAGACAUAAUCUACAGUUAUUUGGUUUUACCCAACCGAAUCACUAUCCCUCUGGUUGGUGUGGAGGACCUGGCCAAGCUACGAUUUCCAAUGCCUAAGGGAGUGCUAAGGAUUCACUUCCUCGAGGCUCAAGAUCUGGAAGGAAAGGAUCAAUUUCUCGGAGGACUCAUCAAGGGAAAGUCGGACCCUUAUGGCAUCCUGCAUGUCAGCAACCAAAUGUUUCAGAGCAAGACGAUUAAGGAGAGCCUCCAUCCCAAAUGGAACGAGGUUUAUGAGGCUCUCGUGUAUGAACCUUCUGGUCAACAUCUGGAGAUUGAGCUGUUUGAUGAAGAUCCGGACAAAGAUGACUUCCUUGGAAGCCUCCUGAUUGAUUUGACCAAAGUGUACAAUGAACAGAAGGUUGAUGAGUGGUUUGAACUAGAAGAAACACCUACAGGGAAACUCCACUUAAAACUGGAGUGGCUGUCUCUAUUCUCCACCCCAGAGAAGCUGGACCAGGUUUUAAGAUGUGUGCGCGCAGAUAGAAGCCCAGCAAAAGAUGGACUCUCGUCAGCACUAUUAGUGGUCUUUCUGGACUCGGCGAAGAAUUUGCCAAGCAACCUGUCAGAUAUCACCCAUGACGGGUUGAAGCAAGUCUCGGUCUUUAAGGCCCUGAAGUCGGCCAAGAAGAACAGCAGUGAACCCAGCCCUUAUGUCCACUUCACAGUUGGGCACAAAACCCUUGAGAGUAAGAUCCGUUACAAGACCAGGGAGCCUCUGUGGGAGGAUUCCUUCUCUUUCCUCGUUCACAAUCCCACAAGGCAGGAGCUCGAAGUGGAGAUAAAGGAUGAUAAGCAUAAAUGCACACUGGGUAUCCUACGGGUGCCUUUGAGUGACCUGCUGUCAGAGGAGGACAUGACGCUGGCUCAGUGCUUUCCUCUGAAGAACUCUGGACCCAGCUCCACCAUCAAACUAAAGAUGGCUUUAAGGAUACUUUCACUGGAGAAGCAGUUCUCUUCAGACCUGCCCUCUGCGGUCCAGGUCAGGAAGUCCAGUGUUCCCCAGAUGGCCCCGGCCCCGGCCCCCUCGUUGAGUCAGUCCGCCUCAGAGUCCCAGCUGCUUUCUGCCACGCCUUCAAAGCCAGUUCGCGCCUCCACUCUCACCCUCCAGGACCCCGACGGCGAGCCAUACUCCGCCAGCCCUCGCCGCAGCAUACCCAACCUGAACACCAGUAUGUCCAGUUCCCAGAAGUACCUGCCUCACAAGGAGUCCACUCCCAGCCUGGCGUCGGACAUCUCUUUGCCCAUCGCCACCCUGGAGCUUCAGCAAAGACUUCAUCAGCUGCAGAAUGGCUCGGCCUCCAGUCAGUACCCGCUGGGUAAGAUCCAGCUCACUGUUCGGCACAGCUCCCAGAGGAACAAACUUGUUGUGGUGGUGCACUCUUGCCAAAACCUGAUAGCCUUCACCAAAGACGGCUCGGAUCCCUUCAUACGGCUGUACCUGCUGCCUGACAAGAGCCGGUCGGGAAGGCGGAAGACGAGCACGAUGAAGAGGACUCUUAACCCGGUUUAUGAUCAAACGUUUGAGUUCAAUGUCUCCACGGUGGAGCUGCACAGGAGAACUCUGGAUGUAGCGGUAAAGAAUGGAAGGAGCAUCCUGUCCAAACACAAAGGCCUUCUGGGAAAGGUGCUGGUAGAUUUAAGUGGAGACGACAUAUCAAAAGGAUUCACUCGGUGGUAAUCAAAACUUUUAAUCUGGAUUCUUAUUCUUUUCUUUCAUUCACUGAUUUAAAGAGAGUCUUGUUGGUUUAGCCCUUUAAUAUUUUGUUCUGCAGGUAUAAUUUAACGGAAGACGGUUCAUCAUCUCAAGAAUUGAGAAGAAGUCAAGAAUCCCUCAUCACACAGUGAAACCUCUCCGUACUCUAAAAGUUUAUUUGUUUUUCAGACUAUUUAUUAUGUUUUUUUCACAAAAUUGAAAAAAAUUUGGGCAUUCAAGAGGCUUUCUUUUUUGAGAAAAACGGCUAAAGACAUACUAUACUUUAAAGUAGUAAAAAAAAAUGCAAACCGUCUUGUUUUUGUUUGCCGAGUUUUAUGUAAAUAUCAAUACUGUGCAUAUUUAUAUAAUUAAAAAAAAAAUAUUUGCAGACUUUUUCAUGGAAUUAUGUUUCCUUAAUGGAAGUUUUGUAGAAAUAUGUCCAAAUAACUAGAAAUUUCUGUGACAUUUAUGCAAAAAAAAUGAGACAAAAUCUGUUUUGUUGUUUGUAAAAAUGAACCAAAGGAACAGAUACAAUCCCACGCAUUGGCCUCAUAAGUAGCACUCCUUUUUUGUUAUUUAUGUUAGUUUUGUUUUUAUUUUUUUUGUCAUGCAGUGUUAUUGAUCGUUUACGUUCUAUUGGUCUUUAUGCCUGUAAAAAAAAAUACAUGUGAUGCAUGUAUGCAAAUUGUAUUUAUUUUUGGAGAUUUGUACAAUAUUUUGAAUUUUAUCUGAGAUGCUGAAGAAAGUGGCAUUUAGGGCUAUGAACAAGUGCUGCAAACUACAUACGUAUGUAAAAGAGGAUACUUGAAUAAGGGUUUGAAGAGUUUCAAACCAAAUGUGAGUCACGUGAACAAAGGGAGAUCACUUUUUAUGAUCAGGUUGCUGCAACAUGUUGAGAUGAUGCAUCUUUGACUAUCUGCUUGUAAAUGUUUUGCCUUGCAAUUUUAACUGUUUGUUGCAACUUUUCAACACAUUUCUUCUGAUCUAUCUUGUGCCUUAAAAACCUGCGAUGUGAGUUUUUUUUUUUUGUUGUUGUUCUAAAAUAUUAACAUUUUCAAACAUUU